CGCAGAGAACCUCACACGAUGGCACCAGAAUCGGCUGCGGAGAUGUCAGUUCUACAAUAUGAGAUGACAGCUGAGGCUCAGAGGCGCCUGAAAUGGGACAGAACUGAAGCACAGGGGCUCUUGACGGCUUUUCUAUCGCUGCCUUAUCCACUGAUGUGGUGAUGAGUCAAUGGACGCACGCAGAAUCAGUGUGUGUAAGCUUGAGCUGAUACCUGCUUCUGGACAGCAAAUGCGACGUCUGAACAGACAAUACGUCGCAGUAUAUGAACAGGACUUGUAUGAACAGGUGGAUGCGGCACAGCACAGCACAGCAGCACAAAAUAACUACCCAUGGAUCACAACGGACGUUGGUGUUUGUUUGUUUCUUCCAGCCCAAGCCCCUUCGCUCAGCUUUGCGUAUCCUGAAGGGCCUGGGGCUGGCCGCUUUCCCCUGUGCACUCACCCACACAGAGGCCCUGAGGCGGGGGCUGCUUGCCAAGCGUCUCACUGCGGCAGAGGUCACUCAGCUCAUUGAUGACGGAGCGGACCCCAACCUACCAUGGCAUCGGCAGACGCGGACCGCUGUCAACCAUGUGUUCUUCUACCUCAACGAGUGGCGUGGCGGGCGGCAGGAGGGGCUGCGCGUCAUGGCGGCCCUCAUCAGGGGAGGACAGGGCCCUUGCUGGCUUGACCUGUGGGCAAACUACGAGGACGAGGGUGACGUGAUUGAGAUGCUCCGAAGCCUAUCCCUCGCCUCGUUUUCUUCCUGCCACGCCUACCUCCGAGCCGCCCUUCGAGCAGGCGAAGUGCACACGACUCGCGAGCUGAUCUUCAACAGGGUGGGGAUGUCGACUGACGCCCUUCUUGCCGUCAUGGGGUCGCGGAAGGAAUGUCCCCAUCUUCCAGCUGCCGCGAGUGAGGCCUUCCACCUGGGCGUGAUCGCGGCGGCGAUGAAAAGGACCAUCGACAACUACCGGCAAGCAGAUCUCCGCGUGCGGAUGAGUGAGCGAUUCGAUGCCGCAUACGAGCACUACUUGACCGAGGUGAGCAUGGCUAUCUUUAUUAUCAGUGUCCUGUGUUGCCCUCGUUCUGUCUUGCCCUCGCUUCCGUAUUGUACUAGGUGUUUGAUCGUGUCGAGGGUGCGGCCAGGGCGGCGCUCCGGUCUGUCGUCGCCAUGCACAGGGCUAGCAAGACCCAUCCCAUCCUCUCGCUCCACGCGCAGUCCGCCCCCACUCUCGGCCCCAUGCUCAUCGAACAGCCCCCUCGCCACAUCCAACUCCCCAUCGCCAGCCCCUCCCUCCGCCGCAUCUCCAUCGCCCUCAACCACGCCGUCGACUCGGUGGCUGCGGGCCGAAUGCAGCAGCAGCAGGGCAACCAAUUAGCAGGAGGGGGUGGCCAGCCAAGGCAGCAGGGCGACGAGCCAACACCACCGACCGCAGAGGAACACGCAGCCGACAACGAGACAACAGACCAACAGCGGCAGCAGGACGGCGACGAGCCAUCACCAGCAGGAGAUGGCCAGGGGCAGCCAGGGGUGGCGACCGAGCAGCACCAUCGACCGCAGAAGGGGAUGGAGGCAGCGACCAACUCACACGGGAUGGGGCCCACCAGCAGCAGCCGGGCGGCAACCAAGGUGCAGCAGGAGACCUCUGGACGGUUCCCCAGCAGCUCCGUCGGCCGUUCUUUGUUAUCGACGGCGCCUCGGGUCGGCGUGUGUCGCUCUAUGAGAUCAUAGAGAAGGCCAGGCGCGAGGAGGCGGCCUCAUUCGGGAUGACCAUCAAGGAGAGGGAGGGCAGCGACACAUCCUUCGAAUGGGCGGACGUGGGCUAUGUUGACGACAGCAACUUCAUCUCAUUGGGACUCGAUACGCCUGUCAUCGCAGCCCGGUCCCUUUCCGCUGCCCCUAGUCCCUCCUCCCCCUGGCCUGCCAUCGCACCCGAGCCCACCGCUUCCCGAGUUUCUGCCCCUCCUCCCACCGUCGUGACCCAUCGCAGGUGGAGGCCCUCCGACAUCGUGCCACCGCCCCCUCGCCGUCUCUUUGGCCCCGGCAGCCCCCGGCCGCUGAUCGACCCCCAGCAGCUGCUGCAAAACAAAGGCAGGACCAUCUUCAGGUGGACAGGGACAAGCAAACGACGCACGAAUAGCGGACAGGUAGGCGAGUCUGCGGCAACAAGCGGUCCAUGCUGUCGGUUGCGGAUGUGUGUAUGCGCGGUAGGUCGCCGCUGCCCAUGGCAUAGCUGGCCAGCCAUCGGCACCCGCUGCCCCGCAUGACCAUGCUGCCGCCGGCCUCUCGUCGUCUGCUGGUGUGUCGGGUGAUCGUCCUGGGCCUUCACCAUCAGCUGUGCCAAGUGGCGGUGAUUCGCAGCUCACUGCCCCGCCGGCCGGCGAUGCGCUACCAGCACCAGCAGCCUCUGGUGACGUGCCGCGUGCUGCCACAAACACACCAUAGCGUGAUGGCAGUGGAGACGCCAGUCAUGAUGCAAGCAGGGGAGCCAGACAGGCGGGCAGAUAGGGUGGGCAGAUAGCAUCGACUGGUGGUGUGCCGAUCUGGUGGGGACUCGCCUGAGUGAUGGUGUUGCGUUUGACGUGUCGUCGAGUCUGGCUGGCUGCCGCAAGGGCUGGUGUAAUAGAUUCAUUGAGGAGGGAGCCAC